CAAUUUCCAAAUUCGCGACUAGGUUUUCUUUUUAAAUUUCCAACUCUGCCUGCCUCUCUUCUAUGCGCAAAUUUUCUUCCGCCGGGAGUCGCUCCUGUACCCAUCCUAAACCCUGAUAGCACCGCCGUGUCGGCGCCCUAAAACCCUAACUUCGCCGCCGCCGCCGCCGCCGCCGCCGCCGCCAUCGCCAUCGCCGCCGCCGUCAAGGAGGAUUAUAAAUUGACCGUCUCUGCAGAUAUCUCUCCAAUAUUCCCAGUUUCUGAAGGUCGCGAAUCGUGGUGCUAUCAUGAGCUUAAUCGCGGGCUCGUACGAGAAGUUCAUCUGGGGCUUCAAGCUCAAGCCCCUGAAGCACUCCUCCGAUGGCGGUGCCCUAACCCUGACCAAGCUCUUCUGCUACCCCUCCCACCUCUCCCCGAUCUCGUCCGUCGCCGCCGCCGGCCCCGUCGCGGCCUCCGGCGCCGGCGACGACACCAUCCACCUCUACGACCUGGCGGCGGCCUCCUCCCUCGGCUCCCUCCACCACCAUUCCGCUACGGUCACCGCCCUCUGCUUCUACACCCCUUCCAACCUCUCGUUCCCGCGCAACCUCCUCUCCGCCUCGGCGGACGGCUCGGUGUGCAUCUUCGACGCCGAUCCCUUCGUGCACCUGACGACGGUUAAGGUUCACAAGAAGGGCGGGGUCAAUAGCCUCUCGGUGCAUCCGUCGGGGAAGCUGGCGCUGACGGUGGGGAGGGACGAGUGCUUGGCGAUGGUCAACUUGGUGAGGGGGAGGAGGAGCUUCUGUUGCCGGCUGGCGAAGGAGGCGAGCUUGGUGGGGUUUGAUUUGAGUGGAGAGAGGUUCUUCAUGGUUAUGGGGGAUAAAGUUGGGAUUCAUGAAGCCGAGGACGCUAGGUUGGUCUGGGAAAUGGAGAGUGGGAAGAGGGUUCUCUGCGCUGCUCCCAGUGAGAGUGGACUUCUCUACACUGGUGGUGAAGACCGGAGUGUUACAGCAUGGGACACAAAGACUGGGAAGAUGGCUUACCAAAUUGAGGAUGCUCAUUCCACCCGUGUCAAAGGUAUUGUUGUACUCAGUAAGAGCACUGACACAAGUGGAGAAGAUGAUCCAUAUUUAGUGACGUCCGCAUCGUCUGAUGGGGUUAUACGAGUUUGGGAUGUUCGCAUGGCUAUGAAAGAAAGGCCUCUUCCCCUGGCUGAGGUUAACACAAAAUCAAGGCUCACUUGUCUGGCCGGAACAUCUCUGAAGUCUCUAAGGAGGCCACAGUUAGGAGAAAAGGUUUCUAAGGAGGACACAAUUGCAGAUGGAGCAUCAUAAUGCUGUCUAUGGCUUGAGCUAGGUGGCAACUCGAAGAUUUUCCCUCUUAGGUUCAGCGAGGCUGAGUAUUUAUGUUUAGUGAGGUGGAUUGGAUCACUUGUUCAACAUUUGAAGGCUCGAAGGAAAAAUGGCGAAAAUAGGGGAAAAUAGGGAGCUGAGCCAUUUUCGCUAGGACAUUUCCAAUUGCUUGAUAUGACCACACAAUUUUGACCUAUCUGUUGAUAUAAACAUUGGGCGUAAGCUGUAGAGACUCAAUAUCUGCUUUAAUUAUAUGUAGCUUUGUAGCAGCGUUGCUUUAGGAGAAUGAAGGAGACAAAAUUGAUUGAGAACUCUGUUAUAUAUGUAUGUGCUUAUUGUGCCGAUAUACAUGAGAUUUCUGCGUGUUCA